AUGACGGAUAUUAAGCUCAAGGGGCACAAGGGGCUACAAGCGUACUCGACGCACGUAAGCGGGGAACUGGUUGGUGUCGUCAGUGAGUUCGAGGCCAAGAAGCACAAGGUCAAGGUUUGGCAACCCGCUUUGCAACCUAAUACCUACCCUACCGUGGAAUCUGCAAGCUAUCGUUUGGAAGACCUAAAGAGUGGCACUAUCCAGGUUUAUCGCGUUGCCGAGAAUGUUUAG